AAUUCAUUUCCAACCACGCGACCUUUAAAAUGGCGUUGGCCAAAAACGGGAACAAGGAGCAUGGAAGCAUUGAGGUAUAUUUCGCGAAAAAACUUGCCAACAACGACAAAAAAGUACGCGACCGUGCUGUCAAACGAAUCAGAUCAUGGCUGUCAGGUAGACCUGGAGAUACGUUUACAGAUCUUGAUAUUAUGAAACUCUGGAAAGGGCUCUUCUACUGCAUGUGGUUUUCAGACAAACCACUCGUCCAAGAGGACCUUGCAGAUUCACUCUCAAAAUUGAUCCAUUCAAUGAAAGAUCUAUCAGCUGCAUACAAGUUUUUUAACUGCUUUCUCCAGACUAUUGGUCGUGAAUGGCAUGGUAUUGAUAAAUUAAGGCUUGACAAGUUCUACAUGCUUGUAAGAAAAGUCGUGAAAGAAGUGUUGGAAUAUGUACAUCAAACAAGAUGGAACGAAGACGUCUUGAACAAAAUGUGCGAAGCUUUACUUGCAGGGCCUUGCAGUGUAGCAACAAAGUCGUUUCCUGAUGGUAUUAGGAUGUUUGUGGCAGAGGUAUUGCUGGAUGAGCUACAAAUAGUUGUUGGAGAAACUCAUCCUCUUGCUGCAAGUUUGAGCAAGCUAAUUGAUCCUUUUAUAGUAUUGUCAGCGCAGAAUGAGAGUAUUAUUGUUUUCAAAUCAAUAGAGGAUGAAUUAUUCAAAAAAUUGCUUUCCAAAGAAGAAGGAUACAAGCUAAGUUUUGAUAUUGACUUUGAGACCAUUGGCACAAGAAUCUUCCAAGAAGCCACCAAAGACAAAGUAUCCACUAAAAGAAGGAAGAAGUUGCUUAGAUAUUCAAAUUUUUUCAAAGAAGCCAGCAAACAAAAAGAAUUAGAUUUAAGUCUUCAAAAACAGGAUGCCUCAGAUCAAAAGAAAGUAAAGAAGGAAAAGAAGAAAGCAAAGAAGAGAAAACUAGAGGAGAGUGAAAAUCAAGGCAAAAAAGGGAAAAAAGGAAUGAAGAAGGUAAAGGAAGAAGACCCUGGUUUACAACCAAAGCCUUCAAAUGAUAAAUCUAACAAGUUAAAUAUUGAAACUACAGAUGAGGCUAGCUUGAAAGUCAGUGACGAAGCAGCCAAGGAGGAAAACACAGUUGUGGCGAAGAGUUCAGACACAGAUAUGGUAUCAGGUGAUCAGCAGUCAGAAACCCAAGACUGCAUUGUUAAAAAGCUAGAUUUUGAAAGUACCUUCACACAAGAUGAGUCAUCAAAAGGUGCACAAAUGGAUAAAAGUAAGAAAAACCUAUCAGCAAAGAAAAAGAAAAAAUCAAAUCGAAAAUCAACCAGUGUUGAAAAAAGUUUAACUGAUUCUGAGUUAAAUGUUAGCUUAGAUCAAGCAAAGGACAAGGCAAAAACUGAAGAUCAUGGCAGUACCCUCAGUGCAGGUUGUCAAACAUCAACAAAAAAAGACCAGUCUGCAAAAACAAGGAAGGCCAAAACUCCCAUUUCAAAGAAAAUAAGUUCAAGCCCAAAGGGACCAGUGACGCGGUCAAGCACUAAGAAAAAAGUUGUUUUUGAAUUAUCAAGGAAUGCAGUCACUACAAUUUCCAAAUUGAAAGUUAACCCUGCUAGUGUUUUCACUCCAGAACAAAAGCCAGUAAAAAGUGCAUUAAAAACUUCAACACCUCGUAGAAGAGCUUCUGAUUUCUUUUGAGUAAGAUAUUAUUAGUUUAAUUGUACAGGUACAUUAAAUUGAUAAAUAGUGCUUGAAUAUCAGUAUGAUUUUAUUAUUACAAUGCAUUUUUUUCUGGAAUGCUCCUUUAGCAUAUUGUUCUUAUUGCAAUGCCACUGUAUGGUCAUUUAUAAAGCUUUUUGAUAGUUUUCAAACAUAUUAAGUUUAAUUUUUGAUAAAUUUUAAUAAAUAGAUUAUUCCUUCGGCUUUUAAGUUAUCUAUUUUAUUGAACAAAUUCUAA